AAAAUUUUCAUGAUAAAAUUAGAAUGAUUGAUUAAAAAUUUUUUCCCCCACCCAAAUUCUAAUCAUCAAAUUAAUAUUGAAUCAUGUCAGCAAUUUUAAGUGAUCAUAAUCUAGCCAUUUUAUCGUGGAAAAGGCUUCAUUUAGCACGUGCCAAAUUGAAAGCCAGUUCACGAACAUCAGCAUUAUUAUCUGGAUUUGCCAUGGUUGCUAUGGUUGAAUUACAGAUAACAAGCAAAGUGCCAAUGGGUCUAUUGAUAACAUUUACAGCAUGUACAACAUUAUUAGUAUCUGUACAUAUGCUUGCAUUGAUGAUAUCUACUUGUAUAUUACCAAAUCUAGAAGCAGUUGGAUCAGUUACAUCAUAUGAAUAUGGAUUAACAGCUGUACAAGAAUCACCACAUGAAAGGCUAAGAUUUUGUAUAGAAAUGGCAUGGUCAUUUAGUACGGUUUUCGGUAUAUUUUUAUUUUUAUUCGAAUUGGCCAUACUUUGUUGGGUUAAAUUAUGGGACAUUCAAUAUGGAAAAAAAGCAGCAUUGGUUGCAACAAUAAUGCUCAUACCGAUUGGUAUUAUAUUUAUUGGAUUUGCUAUACAUUUUUAUCAGGCAUUAGUUGCACAUAAAUAUGAACGUACUGAACGUAAUUAUCAAGAAUUGGAAUAUCUUGUCAAUCAAUUAAGUAGUCUACGUAGUGGUGGUGGUGGUGGUGGCGGUGCUGUCAGUGUUAAUGUUGAAAAUAUAAUCGAUGCAAAUAAUCAUGCCAAUUCAACUACGACAAUACCUAUUGAACAAUCAAUACCGAUUGUCGAACAAAAUAUGCCAAUGAAAUCAACGAUUCAAACAUCAACAGUAAUUGAAAGUAUUUAAACGAAAAAAAAAUCAAAGAUGGAGAAAUCAAUUGAAUUCGAACAUUCAAACAUUUGCGAAAAGCUUUGUCAUG